AAAUGUAUAUAUAAGCUACAUAUGUGAUGCACGAUCAGAAUUCAAACGACUCAUCAAAGUCAUUACUAAAAGUAUAUGUUGUUUCAAAAAUUGUUAAAAUAUGUCGAUAUUAUACUCAAAUAAAUUAAGUUUUGAAUUCGAUGUUGGCGUUAUUGAAAAGUAUGAUAAAAUAAAUAAUAUUAUUUCUACAACUGGAAAAAGCAUCAACGUUGGAAAAGUAAAACGAUACUCUCGUCAUCUCUACAGUCCGACUGCCACGACAUACAAUAACUGCAGUCACGGUCACGAGUCAACAUCUAGGAAAAUUGAUUUGAACACGCUAAAAUCUCCCGAUCAAAGAAUAGCCUGCUCCAAGUCUCUGCUUCAACAAACACGAAAUACCACACGAGCAAAAAGAAAUAUUUGUAAACGGAUAGCCCAUUCGCAGCCAAAAAACACGCAUUCUGGUGGUUAUGAAAAUUCGGAUCCGAAUUUUAGUCGACUCCCACCAGUCGAAAUGGAAGAGAACACUAAGGAUUUCAACAUGAAGAUCCGUGAAAUUGUCCGUCCCAAUUGUCUUGAACUUUCCAACGAGGCAAGCGGCAGAUGAGAGGGUGUCUCGUGAACCAGAAUGAACUAUGGCUCAUACGGAACAAUUAAACAUCUCAAAAUGCACUGGAAACUCGAAUUGUUUGAAAUAAAUAAUUUAUAAGGCUAUGUAGAAAUCAAUUUAGCAAGAUUAACAUGGUUGUAUUUCAUGUGGAUCGGCCAUUGCUCAACUCAAAUACAUUUCUGAAAUUGUUGAAAUUAUAGGUUAUAAUUCAACGGUAUUGUUAAUGUUAAUGGUAUAACAAUAAAAAAUAAAGAAAAACAAAUAUGACCCGC